CUUCCGUUGAUAAUCGUAUUUGUUACAUAAAAUGUCUGGACGCGGAAAAACCGGAGGCAAAGCGAGAGCCAAGGCCAAGACUCGCUCUUCUCGGGCCGGGCUCCAGUUCCCGGUCGGCCGUGUCCACAGGCUGCUCAGAAAGGGAAACUACGCUGAGCGCGUCGGCGCCGGGGCUCCCGUCUAUCUGGCCGCCGUGCUCGAGUAUCUCACCGCUGAGAUCCUGGAAUUGGCCGGAAACGCCGCCCGCGACAACAAGAAGACCAGAAUCAUCCCCAGACACCUGCAGCUGGCUGUCAGGAACGACGAAGAGCUCAACAAGCUCCUCGGAGGAGUCACCAUCGCUCAGGGAGGCGUCCUGCCCAACAUCCAGGCUGUUCUGUUGCCCAAGAAAACCGAGAAGCCCGUCAAGUCAAAGUAAAACUGCCCGACCUCCGCUACAAACCAACGGCUCUUUUAAGAGCCACCCACGUCCGCUCCAGAGCACAUUCCUCUCUGACGCCACCUUUUGUGUGUAAUCUUUCAAAGUUAUGAAAGUUGUCAUUAAUUUGUCUAAGGCGGUUAUGUGUCAAUUGCAACCUCAAAGCUACGUCUAUUACCAUUACCUUUUCCAUUUAUUGUGAUCUUUCAAGAUAAAUGCGAGACCAUCAAAUUUUUAAAAAAGGGCUUUCUCCUUAGUGAAAUCUGAAAGCUACGUUAAUUACCUCUAAUGAACCUGCAUUCAAUUCGCGAAAUGAUUAACUGUCCAAUUUGUCUACGUGGGUUCAUUUCUAAACGUUGCUCAUAUCAAACGCUGUCUUCACUUACGUCCGCACAAAUUGACUCGCUAGUGUACGAAUUAGUGUAUUAAGGGGACUGGUUUGCCAAAUUGGUUGGAUUUGAUGACAAAGAAGCUAUGGUUGUUUUUGAAUUCCUAUCGUUAAUAGUGGAAACUUUCAUUGUAAGCUGAAUUUGGCAAAACUUAAUCAAGUUAACCUUAUAAUUAAAACCAUAAUUGGGUACUGAGUGAAGACUUGAACAUUGUUUGGGGUGUUUAUGUGGUUCAUAAUGAAUGUGAAUUGACUUGUAGGUGUAUAUUUAAUUUUUAAAUUGAACAAUAAAUCUAUACUUUUA